AUGUCACCAGUGGUUGCUGGACCACUGAUACCCAACAUUGGUACACCAGUGGUUGCUGGACCACUGAUACCCAACAUUGGUACACCAGUGGUUGCUGGACCACUGAUACCAACAUUGGUUGCAGCAUCACCAGGAGAGUACCACUUCGUGCAACACGCCCUUCCCCAUGCCCGUACCAAGCGUAGUGUACCCCAUACUCGCCAGCUCAAGGCCGACCCCCACGUACACUGGGCGUACCAGCAGGCCGGCUUCAAGAGGGUUAAGAGAGGGUACAAGUUACUGAAGGUAGAGAACCUGGUACCUCUUCACACCAUCCACAGUCACCAGGACCCUACUGACCCCUACUUCCACUACCAGUGGUACCUGAAGAACACGGGUCAGAAUGGAGGAAAGCCACGACUAGACCUGAACGUGGAGGCUGCCUGGGCUCAAGGCUUCACUGGUCGGAACGUCACCACAGCCAUUAUGGACGAUGGCAUCGACUACAUGCACCCUGACCUGCGCCACAACUAUAACGCUCGGGCCAGCUGGGACUUCAGUAGCAACGACCCCUACCCAUUCCCUCGCUACACCGAUGAUUGGUUCAACAGCCACGGGACGAGGUGCGCCGGCGAGGUGUCAGCAGCGAGAGACAAUGGUGUGUGUGGGGUCGGUGUGGCGUACAACUCACUGGUAGCAGGUAUCAGAAUGUUGGACCAGCCAUACAUGACGGACCUGAUUGAAGCCAACAGCAUGGGUCGAGAACCAAACCUGAUUCACAUCUACUCAGCUUCGUGGGGACCCACUGACGAUGGCAAAACAGUAGAUGGUCCCAGGAAUGCCACCAUGAAGGCCAUUGUCAGAGGCGUUAAUGAGGGUCGUAAUGGGUUGGGCAACAUCUAUGUGUGGGCUAGUGGUGAUGGGGGCGGAGAUGAUGACUGUAAUUGUGAUGGCUAUGCAGCCUCUAUGUGGACAAUCUCCAUCAACUCUGCCAUCAAUGAUGGCUCCAACGCCCACUACGAUGAGUCCUGCUCCUCCACACUGGCCUCCACCUUCAGUAAUGGAGCCAAGGACCCCAGCACUGGUGUGGCUACCACUGAUCUCUACGGCAAGUGCACCAAGACUCACUCUGGUACCUCAGCAGCCGCUCCUGAAGCUGCUGGAGUGUUCGCCCUGGCUCUCGAGGCUAACCCCAACCUGACGUGGCGAGAUAUACAACACCUCACAGUCCUGACCAGUAAGCGCAACUCACUAUACGAUGCUAAGCGGAGAUUCUCCUGGCACAUGAAUGGGGUUGGACUGGAGUACAAUCAUCUCUUCGGAUUUGGAGUGUUGGACGCCGGGGCCAUGGUGGCCCUGGCCAGAGACUGGGUCACCGUCCCGCCUCGCUACCACUGCCAGGCUGGCAUCUAUCAUAUACCAAAAAUGAUAUCAGUAAAUAAGUCAGUGGUGUUGGAUAUAGCAACAGACGCGUGUGCAGGCACAGAUACGGAGGUCAAUUUCCUUGAGCACGUUCAAGCAGUUAUUACUCUCAAUGCUACCAGACGCGGCGACAUUGAGCUCUUUCUCAUCUCUCCAAUGGGAACAAAAUCGAUGAUUCUAAGUAAGCGACCUAAUGAUGAUGAUGGUCGAGAUGGCUUCACCAAAUGGCCCUUCAUGACUACUCACACUUGGGCCGAGAAUCCUCGUGGUAAUUGGAAGUUGGAAGCUCGUAUCAACAGUGUGGGUCCAGAGGAGGGAUGGAUAAAGGAAUGGACACUGAUGCUUCAUGGUACACGAGAGGCGCCAUAUGACCAUCUUCCAGUCAAAGAUCCACACUCAAAACUUGCCAUAGUUAAGAAGGCCCAUGAAGACAAGAAGAAAAUGUAGAUAUUUAACAUUACUUUAAUGAGAGAAAAGUUAAUAUAUUGAACAAAAGUUAUACUUAAAAUAUGAUGUAGUACAAUACAUAGAUCUGCCAUCAUUGG